AUGACAGAACUUGAUCCUGAGUCGAGUGUGAAGGAUUUCGUCUCUGAAGAACAGACCAGGAAGUAUAAAGAUUUGUACAAGAAUUUUCCGGACUUCAUUAAUAUCCUGAACUUAAGCUUAUUGGCUGAAUUGAAUGGUAAGGAUGCUGCUGCCGCCCAGAAUCCUAAUGUUGAGAGCAGUUCGUCAAUAAACAGUUCUGGAAAUGUUCCGUGCGAAAACCCAAGUACAAGGAUAACUGAACCAGCCGGUUCUGAAUAUGUUCUGUGGGAAAACCGGAGUAUAAGGAUGAUUGAACCUGCCGGGCUGAUUUAUCCUCCAGUAGCUCCAGUUGGUCAUGAUGACACCUUCCCUGUUCCUGAUGUUGGCUUCUACCCUCACAGUGGUGGGACAGGUGGUAGUAUGCACGUUGGUCCAAAUGAUCCACGUUUCUUUCCUACAAAUCCUUCUACUCCUUUUGGUGACCUUGGGAGUGUUCCGCCCGGUGGUCGCUACGAGCCAAUUGGCCCGCCUGAUGUUCCAGGUUUUGAACCAUCUCGCUUUGUGAGGCAUUCGAGGCAUUCAAGUCCUUCAGGUGGAAGCACUCACCCAGACCUUGAGUUCUUCCAGCAAGGCCCAGACUUCUUCUGA